ACGUCACUCACGCUCACGUGCGUUUACGUCAUAUGAGUUUUAAAAUGGUGUCACUGGGAGACGAAAAGUGACGAAAAAGACACGUCGUUUGAUGAAUGAACGUAUUCAAGUAUCCGGUUCCACCUUAAACAGACUGUUUAAGCGGUGUGAGCUCCAGAACACGGAGACAGAGACACGCGGAGACAAGGAGAGACUGUCCCCGCACUCAGGUCCUCUUUCUCGGCGUGAUGGACGUGCGUGAGUCGGUGUCGGAGCUGAAGAAGCUGCUGAGCAGAGUGAAUCCACCAGAACUCCCCAAACUUCUCCACUGGAUCCAACACUCAGGUGAGCUGGACGAGCUGUUGCUAGACAACAGGAAGGUGAUGUUACAAAGUAUCGCAGACGACCUGAGAGCUCUUCUGCCUCUGGACGCCAUGUUACCCGGCGAGGCCGCCGCCCAUCACAAGAUGCAGCGACGGCCGCGGCCGACGGUUCACGUAGACGCGUUCCUGUACGACGACGAUCAGGUGGACGCUCUGUGUGAGGGCGGAGCCAUGAGCCGCAACUACUGCCUCCACUGUGGCUCUCAGAGGACCGCCCCUUUGGACUUCGUCUCUCACUCCUUCUCAGUGUCCGAGCUUCACUUCCUGUUCCAGAACGUUCUGCCGGACCUGAGCGGUCGCACCCUGGUGGACGUCGGAUCCAGACUGGGAGCUGUGCUGUAUGGGGGUUAUGUGUACAGUUCAGCCUCUCUGUUGCUCGGUGUGGAGCUCAGUGAAGAGUUUGUCAGACUACAGAACAACAUGGUGGAAAAAUACAGACUGAACGACAGGGUCCAGGUUGUCCAGGCUGACAUCUGUACACAGGUCACUCUGCUGCAGAACGCUGACGUCCUGAUUAUGAACAAUGUCUUUGAGUAUUUCAUGGAACCCAAAGAGCAAGUCAAAGCGUGGAGGUUCAUCAUACAGAACUUCAUAAAGCCGUCUUCUCUCCUGGUGACUGUUCCCAGUCUACAGGAGACUCUCAGGGAUCUGCAGCAGGAGGCGCUGCCUCCCGGCUGGGUGGAGGAGCUUCCUGUGGACUAUGGCGUUUAUGUGGGCGGAGACACGGACCCUGACGCCCUCAGACAGAUCCACCUGUACAAGGUCAUGUGACCUGAACCUGACACUCUGACGUCACCAUGAUCCAGAGAUCCAGGACAGUUAUUGGCUGAAGAGCGAGUGACGACACAGUUGACCAACCACUGCGGAGAGAAGUCCCGCCCACCUAGUCAGCCGGUGUGAGGCGUUCAGGGAACUCAGGCCAUUUUGAAACCGAUUACUUUUCCAUCGACCGUGUGUGUGUACACAUUAAACAAGUUCCUGUCACGUGGUCAAAUAAAGCUCGUUGAGUUUGAACAUAA